UCGUCGUGCUUCGGCCAUCGCCAAGCAAAAAUGUCCGCCUAAGGGAAACUCGCAAGUUACAUAUUAAGUGGAUAUUUGCAAACAAGGAGGAGAAAAAUAUAAAAUAUAAUCACCCAGUUAUCGAUUUGGUUGUCUUUCGGAGGCGAACCGAGGAGAGACGCGCCGCCGCUGCCACGCCCGAUCGCCCUAGUCGGAUUUUAAACCGGAGAAAGAGGUUUAGUAAAAGGCCGAAAGGAUGAACCCCCAGCAGCGGAUCGCCGCUCUUGGAACUGAUAAGGAGUUGAGUGACUUACUGGAUUUUAGUGCGAUGUUUUCGCCACCGGUGAACAGUGGGAAAAACAGGCCGACCACUCUAGGAAGCAGCCAGUUCAGCGCGUCAGGUAUAGAUGAGCGGACAGCAGAGGCGUCCUGGGCCCCAGGUGGCCAGUCCAGCCCUUCGUAUGACGAGUCCUCCAGGGGUUUCGCAGACAGCCCUCAUUAUGGUGAUCACUUGAGUGACAGUCGAUUAGUGUCCCAUGAAGGAUUGUCCCCGACACCUUUCAUGAGCUCCAGCAUAAUGGGCAAGUCUGAGAGGCCUCCGUUUUCUGCUUAUGGGAGAGAACCAGGUGUCUCUGGGUGCCAGUCCACUCUGCGGUCAGACAUGGGACUGGCCAGUCCAGGACCCGUGACCACGGCUGGGAAAUCACCUGCUCCUUUCUACUCCUUCGCUGGCUCCAAUCCACGAAGACGCUCUCUGCAGGACUCCUCUCCUCUGGAUCCUCACCAAACAAAGAAAGUACGCAAGGUUCCCCCUGGCCUGCCAUCGUCCGUGUACGCACCAUCCCCAAACUCAGACGACUUCAACAGAGAUUCUCCUUCCUAUCCUUCGUCCAAACCCCCCAGCAGUAUGUUUGCUAGCACUUUCUUCGACGGGACCCACAAUUCCUCUGACCCGUGGAACACGUCCAAUGGGAUCAGCCAGCCCGGUUAUGGGGGAAUGCUGGGAGGAUCUUCAUCUCACAUGCCACAGUCUGGAAACUACAGCAGUCUGCAUUCGCAUGACCGCCUGAACUACCCCCCACACUCCGUGUCCCCCACAGACAUCAACCCCAGCCUGCCGCCCAUGUCCAGCUUCCACCGCAGCACCGCCAGCAGCUCGCCCUUCGUUACUGCCUCGCACACCCCGCCCGUCAACACCACAGAGGGAGUCAUGGCUGCUGCCAACAGAGGGAACACCACUGGAAGUUCUCAGACUGGAGAUGCGCUGGGGAAAGCCCUCGCUUCGAUUUACUCUCCGGACCACACCAGCAGUAGUUUCCCUUCUAACCCCUCCACGCCUGUGGGCUCCCCCUCUCCUCUGACAGCCCAGGCGGGCGCUGCCUCCACAGGUACAGUGGUGACAGCCAGCGGCCCCUCAGGAAGGGCAGGUACAACCCAGUGGCCUCGUGCGGCCGGACAGACCCCGUCUUCCCCAAAUUAUGAAAACUCUCUCCACUCUCUGAAAAAUCGUGUGCAUCAGCAGCUGCAUGAGCAUCUCCAGGAUGCCAUGUCCUUCUUAAAGGAUGUCUGCGAGUCUCGGAUGGAGGAUCGUCUGGACAGACUAGAUGAUGCGAUCCAUGUCCUCCGGAACCAUGCCGUGGGCUCCACCACUUCUCUGCCCAGCGACAUCCACAGCCUGCUGGGUCAGGUGCACAACGGGCCAAUCGCAGCCAUCGGCUCCAGCUUCCCCACGUCCGGAUUGGUUGCCAGCAGGACAGCAUCUAUGGGCCCUGCUCAUCGCGAGGAAGCGGUCAGCCUCAACUCUAACCACACAGGACUGCAGAGCAGCGCCGGUCCAGCCUCCAGCACUGAGCUCAACCACCAGGCCGACACAUUCAGAGGCCUUGCUAGUGGACUGGCAAAUCAAGUGGCACCUUCUCUGGAUCUUAAGAUCGAAGAUCAGGACAAAGAUGACAUGCACGACAGCCACUCCUCUGAAAACCUCAAAUCAGAUGACGAGAGUGACAAAAGGGACAUCAAAACACCCAGAGGAGGCACUCGAACAAGUAGCAUUAAUGAGGAUGAGGAUCUGAACCCGGAGCAGAAGGCGGAACGCGAGCGUGAGAGGAGGAUGGCCAAUAAUGCGCGCGAAAGGCUGCGAGUGAGAGACAUCAACGAGGCAUUUAAGGAGCUUGGCCGCAUGUGCCAGCUGCACCUGAAGAGCGAGAAGCCCCAGACCAAACUCCUCAUCCUGCACCAGGCCGUCGCAGUCAUCCUCAGCCUGGAGCAGCAAGUCAGGGAGCGGAACCUGAACCCCAAAGCGGCCUGCCUUAAGCGGCGAGAGGAGGAGAAGGUGUCUGGUGUUUCGGGGGAACCCCAGCAGACCCACCCCUCCGUUCACCCCGGCCUGACAGACACAUCCAACCCCAUGGGCCAUCUGUGAGCACUCUACAGAUCAAAGUGAUGCAGAGGGAGUCUGUAAGAUAGCGUCGGUGACCUUGCUUUCCAAGGGCAGACAGGACUCACAGCUUGUGACACAAAUUUGAAAAGACAGAGACCACUCGAAGCGAAAUUCCACGGUCAGGCAAUCCUGAGCGAGAAGAAAACUGGCAAGCACCAAACUUCCUCAGAAGACAUCCGACAUUGUUCAGCAAAUUUCUGCCCAAGAGAACCACACAAACAAAAAGCCCUUCAGCACAUAUCACUGUCUGCAAGCAGUGUCACAUCUGUACAAUCAGAGACUGUCGCGGUCCCCUCCACGUGGAAGUUGCCUUGUGCCUAAACUGAAUUGACGAAUGCAUUGUAACAGCAAUUCUUUUUUUGUUGUUGUUUUUUUUUCUUUUUAUGUUUGUUUGUUUUGAUUUUUUUCUAUUUAUUAUGUUACUGAGCUAUAAAGUCUAUGUUUAAAGGGAAAGUUAUGACAUUGUUUUGAAAAGCCGGUGGUAUUUCAGUAGAUCUUCAGUUUGCCAGGGUUUCAGCUUAGGAGCUAUACGCCAAACUCCGGCCAUCCGCUCCUCGCGUUUACACCAUUUUCGCCCUCUUGGAUGCUCAAAAUCUCGUCUGUGGCAAUUUUAAAUGAUCAGAGUCUCAAGGCCCCACCCUUUUUGUCUAGAAAAAUAAAAAAAAAGAAGAAGAAAUAAUAUAUUAUUUAUAUUUAUGUUAGAUUCAUUCCACAAGUAACAGCAUGACGAACCAAAACUACCUAAACGACGUUGUCAAGUGACGCUGAGACUCCAGGCCGCAACCUUCAGCAGGAGCAGAGCGAAGCGGGAAAAAAGUGCAGGAAACGGGUGCGUUUCUGCUCCGGCGUGGCAAACUCGAGCUUUACUGAAAGGUCUAAGGUCACCUGCAGGCUGACAUGUUUAUAGUCAUUAGUAAAGCAGUUCAAAUACAGAGAGCAGACCAGUUACUAAACCCUAGCAUUCCUCGCAUACUUCAUAGUGUCUUAACCGAAGGAAAAGAGGGCCGCGUCGUCUUGUCCUUUUAAUUCCUUUGCCAUAAUAGUGUUAAAGUGGAAAGAAAAUGGCAUUUUUCCAUUUACUGCAGUUUCUUUGUUGUUUUUUUCCUGAUGUUACAUUAUUUUGGUCUCUGCAGCAGCGGUGGUCAUGCUUUUUGGGGCGUCUGUGUUCAGGACCCUCCAUAUACGCUUUAGCCUAAAGCUGAGGAAUUAGACAUUUAGCUGUGUUGGAAACGAGAGAGUAGAUUGGAAACGAUGACCACAUCAUCACCUGGCCUGAAUUGAAGUUUUGCUUUAUUUUCUUUCUGUCGAAAACCAUUAACAUAAAAAAAAAAGAAAAAGGAAAAAAAAAAGAACAAAAAAAGAAAACCACAAAAAAAUCAUUACUCUAAGUAACCACAUGUUAUAUGUUUAUUUGUAAUUGCAUACAAAGCAUCUCUAGGCUUCAUAGUAAAGCGUAUAUUGUCGUGUGAAAAUAGAAGAAAGAUAUUCUAAGUUACUUAGGAUGGCUUCAUCUGUCCUUUCCCCCCAAAGCGUUGAAGUACUUGAUAGCAGUGAUCAGCGGAGUGAGAGUGCAAUGUCUGUCAUACAAGAAAGAAAGAAGCUCUACGAAUUCAAACGCUGUGACAACAACAGUAGCCGACUGCACUCUUAACAAUAAAGGUGCCACGGAGGGUUCUUCACCCACGCAAGAACCACUUUUGAUCCCUAAAAAAACGUGGAUACGUCUUCACAGAGGCACUUUUGUAAAGAACCCCCCCCCCCCCCCCACAAGGUUCUGGAGAGAACUCAAACUGGCACUCUCUUGAAAAUAAAGGUGCCAGGAAGAACCUCUUCUUUACAGAACCUUUCAAGAACCUCCACAUGUUAAAAGUCAGUAUGCCAAGAAAGGUUCCACCCCCACAGAGGGACCACUUUUGGCUCCCUAAAGAACCUUUGAUAGAAGGGAUAAUGAAAUAUGCGAACGUGGAGGACCUUUUAAAGGUUUAAAGACCCUCCACAUAACGCAAAGGUUCUAGGAAGAACCUAAAUUGGUGAGUAAUAUUCUUUGAACAAGGUUCCUUUGGGGAACCAAGUCUUUUUUCUGUGAGAAACUUCUUUCUAGAACUUAACACAAACUUUAAUAAGGAGUAUAGAACCUUUACCCGACGGUAAGGUUCUUUAAACCUUUAAAGGGUUGUUUGUGAUCAGUUUUGUGUUUCAGGUAUGGUUCUUUGGGGAAGCGAAAGUGGUUCUGCCAUGGCCCAAAAGAACCCUUUGUGGAACCCUUUUAUUUUAUUUUUUAAGAGUAUAAGCAAAACGAUGAACAAACGCCUUUUUUUUCCUCUGUUUUCUGAUCAGGAUUCACAUCUUCAUUUGUUUUUUUCCCUUUUGAAACUACUUGUGGUCUUAAUUCUUUCUUUAGCUCGUUUUCUUCCCCGUCUGUUGUCUUCCAUGCAUGCUCACCCUCCACACAACGAAAGCUGCCACAUUAGAAUGACAGUCUAAAGAACAAACGGACGACGAAUUGCAGAUUUCUAUUCACUCCUUUGUUGUUUUUUGUUUUUCCUUUCUUUUCUUUGUGGAAAGUCUCUCCUUUUACUCUCCCUGUGAUACCCACUAGUCUUUGUGGCCUUGUCAUACAUUUCAGUAUUCACGAGCUUGUGUUGUUGCUGGCUGAAGUUGAUCGAGGUUGUGUCAUCUCUUUGUCGGUUUUGUUUUUUUUCCUUAUUUUUGUUUUCGUUAUUGCUUUUUUUCCCCCGUUCCUUCGCUCCUCUGUUGGAUAUGUUAGUCUUUGCCUAUGCCCUGAUGCUUUCCCUCAUAAGAAGAAGAAAAAAAGUAUAUGAAAAGGAUAAAAAAAAACAUUUGGCUUAUUUUUCACUGUAGUUAGCCUUUUAUACAAUAAUAUUGUAAGAACAUUUCUUGAAUUCUAAAUAUUACUCUUUCUAGAUUUUUGAAAUCAAAAAGUUUUGAGUAAAAAGUUUCUUACUUUAUUUUACUAUAUUAGAUAGUAAAAACAAAUGUACGGUUAUUUACCAUAACCUGUCCAUUAUUAUUAUCAAAAAAACAAUAGCAUCUUAAGAACAUGAAGUAGGAUUGUAGCUCGAGGUGUAGUGCGUAUGGGGUAUCGUACGAGCUUGAUGUUCUCUAGGAUGUGUUCUCCUUCUCUAUUUCUAGUCUGCAUUGUUGGUUGAAUAAAAGAUUUGAGAUUUGUACCCCUGUCGAAAUCCAAGGUAUUGUCGAUGCACAUCAGAGAUAAAAGAAAACCAGCAGCAAGAAAUCAAACUUUUUUUUUUUGUUUCUGUCUCUGUAACAGAAAACACAAUAUGUAUAUAACAUUUAUGUAGCAAUAAAUGUGCCAUCUUUUUUAACGAGA